UGAAGCAAAUCCCUUGCAAUUUUACCGUAAAUCCUCAUUUGAAUUUCUCGAAUCUUCCAAUCCCUCCCUGACUACGAUCAAUGAAACCCUAGAGUUUCUCAGCGUUGUGUUCUGGGAUCGGAUGGUGUGUGUAUAUCCACAAAUCUAUGUAUAUUUGUUUGUUUUGGUAAUCAACGCAAGCAAUUCUUUCUGAUUUUGUUGGUGGUGGAUCAAUACGAGUUUCUGGAAUCUGAAGCAUGGACAUUGAGCAAAAGCAAGCGGAGCAUAUAGACUACUUCGUGAAGCAGGCUUCGAAUCUCAAAGGCUCGGCGCUCUGCAACGUUGUCGUUGAGGCCACUUCACAUCCUGCGCUCUUCGGUUUCUCCGAGCUUCUCUCGGUUCCUAGCGUACUUGAGCUUGAAGGAACCGACAACAAUGUAGUCCUUGAUCUGCUUCGCAUGUUUGCACAUGGUACAUGGAGUGAAUUUAAGGGUGUUUCCAACCAUCUACCGACGUUGAGUCCUGAUCAAGUCCUCAAACUAAAGCAGCUUACUGUACUUACUUUGGCUGAGACACACAAGGUGUUGCCAUAUGAUACACUAAUGCAGGAGUUGGACAUCAAUAAUGUUCGUGAGUUGGAAGACUUUCUCAUUAAUGACUGCAUGUAUGUGGGAAUAGUCAGAGGGAAGCUGGAUCAGUUGCGAAGAUGCUUUGAGGUACAAUUUGCUGCAGGGAGGGAUCUUAGACCUGGACAAAUGGGUAACAUGAUUCAAACACUGGCAAAUUGGCUAUCCACAUCAGAAAAUCUUCUUGUUUCAAUUCAAGACAAGAUAAAAUGGGCAGACACUAUGAGUGAGCAGGACAAGACCCACAAGAAAGACAUAGAUGAGAAAGUGGACGAAAUGAAGAAGACGCUAUCCAUGAAGAAGUUCCAAACUGUAAGCAGGCCGACGCUGAAUUUCGAGGUCAUGAGGAGAUCUUUUCGGAACAUGGUGGAGUGAUGGAGUUUGAGGAGGAUCGUAGCCGCCCCAAGAGGAGACGACAUCCCAUAGGUUGAGGAGACAUUGUCGUUGAGACAAGAUCCUAGGGGUGCAACGGUAACUUCCCAUUCCUUGCAAGUCAUGCCGCCGCCCAGACAUGAUGAG